GAUGAUUAACUUCGGAGUCUCAAUCAAUCAAUCGUCGUCUCUCAGAUCUGAAACUGGAAACCACCAUUUUCCUCUUCCUUUCUUCCUUCCCCGGCCGGUUUCACAUCUGCUUUCUCUCUCUAAUCCAUUCUUUCCUGUUCGAGAUCGUUGUGGUGGAUGGCAAGUAGGACCAACAAGUAUGCGUCUCUCAAUUUCAAUGACAUAUACGAGAAGAAGAUCAUAACCACGUCAAACAACCGAUCUCACGCCAAUUCUUCCGCCAAUUCAUCGCCUUCAUUCUCAUCUUCUCCUUUCUCCGGCACCGGCAAGACUUCCUUAUCCAAUUCUCGCAUCCAUGGCAACAUGCUCGUCCUGACUCGUCCGUCACCAAAACCUAUUGUUCCUCAAUCUCCUCCUUCUCACACGCCACCGCCGCCGCCUCCGCUGUUGCAAUCUUCUUUCCAGGAUCCGAUCCGCUCCGAAUCGGAUUCCAUCUCUCUUCGACCUCUAGGAAGUACAGGAUCCGGUCCAUCUCUGCUUGUUUCUACUACUCCUCUUCUUGCGUCGCAGAAGUCUGAUAAGGAUUUGAAUCCGCCUCUUUCACCGUCUCCGUCGCCGAAAACGAAUCGGUUUGUUCCACCUCAUCUUCGGCCAGGUUUCGCAGGUCGAGAGGAGAAACCAGGGCCGGAUUUCCAACAGAAACAGCCGUCUGGACGCACGAGAGAGAUCGGGAGUCAACGGUUAGGGCAUUACGGUGAGGACGGGAGGUUGAACUCUGGUUUGAUGGAGAUGAAACGACCUGGUUCAGGUGGAACUCGUCCGAGUUCAAGUGGAUAGAAACGAUAUCAGUGAUGAAGAUGAGCUCCCAUUCCUAGGAUAUAAGGAUGAAGAUUCAUUCGUAGCAGAAAUUUAUACCAACUUGGAAUCGGAUUUCAUUACACUCAGAAGCCUUCUUUCUGAAAGCUUUCUUUGAAGCCCCUUCUUUCUUCUUUCAAUCAUCAUCAUCAUCAUCAAUCUGGUUUGGUUGCUGACAAACUAGUUUUGUUUGGUCGUUUCUAUGAUGUUUAAUAUUAUUUAUGUUUAUCACAAAUUCAAGCACUUUCUUUGUAUCAUGGAUCAUCUUAAUACCAGUAAUUUAUCACAACGUUUCUUCUGUUUAUGCA